GCAAACAGAUUCAGCCAAAAAAAACCUCACACACACACAACAGGAGCAACAACAUAAAAGAGAAUAAAGAAGAAACCCCGGAACCGAGAUGGCGGAAGCGCCUAUUGUUUGAAAACAGAAGGGAGCGAGAGAGAGAAAAGACAUUUACUCGGAGUAACUUACAACUUAACCAAAGGAUUUAAUUUUAAAUAUAAAGCGAGGAAACCCCAGCUUUCGGGAUAAAUACAUGAGGAAAGAGAAUCUUCACUGAUGCUAAAUUCUGUGCAACAAUUCUGUUUUUUUUUGCAACGAGGGACUAAUUUUACAUUUGUUUUGUUUGCAACAUCGGUGGGGAGAGGUGGAAAGUGGGGAUGAAGAGUUGCAAGAAAAAGCUGCUCGUGUGAGAGGAUAAAGAGAAAAUAGUAAAUUAUUAUUUUUUUAUUAAAAAAAAGAAGAAAGCGCAGCUCCUGUUGGUCGAGGAAUGGCUUCGAAGGAGCGGCUGUACGAGCUCUGGAUGUUGUACUUCGCCAAGAAAGAUCCUCACUAUCUGCAACAAUGGCUUGAAGCCUUUGUCACUUCCUUUGAACGAAUUAUUGAUGUCAACACUUAUGAACCACUGCAGCGAAGACCUGAAGAGAUGGCUACAGAGAUUCCACUGUUGCCAGGCAAUGUGCUUCAAGUACUGAGCCAGCAACUAAAUGAAUGCGUACAGAGAUUAUCCACUGAAGAGGCUGAGGCAGGCCUAGGGCAAGCAUUCCUCCUGAUAAAAUUUCUCAUUAUUAUCUGCAGAAAUUUAGAAAAUAUUGAAGCAAAGGUGACUCCAACCUUUCACCCGAUUAUAAACUUGAUGACUGUAUGUAUUGUUAAGUUAAAGAAGGGAGUACAGGAGAAGGGUUUAUCAGAGAACUCAAAGGUCGAGCAGUUAACCAUGUAUGCACUGCACCUCUGUGAAUGUCUCUUUGACCCAUAUCAAAUCUGGAGGCGGCACUUGGGGGGAGAGAUUAUCAGUUCCAUGGAAAGGAGUAAAUAUAAAUUUGCACCAGCUGUUUUACCUCAGGAAUUUAAUACAUUCUUCCACGAAAGUUUCAAGGACAGCCAGAGUUUGCCAAAGACAAUCCACCUAAGAAUUUUAUAUCUUUAUGGAGCUAUUAUCAGUGGAAGUAAGCAAAAUGCACUACGAGCCAUCACCCCAACCUCUGUUGAGGUGCUUAUGCUGAUUCUCAGGACCUCAUGUGACACAGGAACUCAGGAGCCGAAGGAUACCCGGCUGUUGCAAGUUGGCUUGAAGUGUCUGAUUGGAAUGAUCCACAUUCUCCACUCUAGCAGCAUUGACCAGAGGAAAGUGACAAUCGAGACAAUAUUGAACAGCUACUUUAAGUUGUUGAAUGCUGAUAGGCCAUUGGCAGUGCAGGAAGAGGGGGCUAAAACCCGGUUAGAGGAUGGCUUCAUCACCCUGCGGAUCAACAUGCUCAGUGCUAUCUCUGAAAUGUUGAACUGUAAGGAUCGGCCUGUGCUUCAGGCAGUGUUCCUUAAUAACAACUGCUUUGAGCACAUUAUCCGUCUCAUUCAGAACAGCAAGCUAUAUGUAAGCAGUAGGUCUAAGGAUGACAGCAAGGGUGGGAGUGAUCUUGCCACUCAGUUACUGACUGAAAUCAAUCUCAGCAAGGUAUUUGAGAAAGAGUCAGACUCCAUCACAGUGCAUGCAAUCAGAGUGCUAACUGCGAUAAUGAAGAACUCUCCCUCUGCCAAGGAGGUAUUCAAGGAACGGAUUGGUUACUCUCAUCUCUAUGAGGUGCUGAAAAGCCAGGGGGAGCCAACAAAGCAACUCCUGCAGGAACUGAUGAAUAUGGCUACUGAGGAUGAGAAUAUGACUUCCCUCACCACGAUCAAUAAUGAGCAGGCACUGUUGAUCCUGGUGCAGUGGAUUCCUGACCUGGAAUCUCGCAAUCUACAGAUCUUUGUCUCUGAUUGGUUAAAAAAAGUGUGUGGCGCUACUCUUCGGACUCGCAUGACCUGUGUGAAGGCUGGGGUGUUGAGCGCCACUCUAGCAUCAUUGCAUUGCCACUCCCGGCUCGACAGGAAGUGUGGCGAGAAUCUUAUUGACUUGCUACAUGUGCUGGGUCGCCUUUCCAUUCAACCUGGAGAACUCCGGCAGCUCAUAAAACUACUUCGGACUACAGAUGCAAAAGCACAUCCGUACUCUGCCCAGGUCAUUCGGGCCUUAUCAGCCAUGGCGAAGAAAGAUGGGUCUGAAAAUGUGCUGCAGUACUUUGACCUGACUCCCAGUAUGGCAGGAAUAAUGGUUCCCAUCAUUCAAAAGUGGCCGGGUAAUGGUUUUGCUUUCCACACGUGGCUCUGUCUGAAUGAGGAGUGGGAGGAUGGUUGCAUGUUCAGCAGGAGACCGAAACGAAAACAACUGUACAGUUUCUUUACAUCAAGUGGGACUGGGUUUGAAGCCUUCUUCACGUCUGACGGGAUGCUAGUUGUUGCAGUUUGCACCAAGAAAGAAUAUAUGACAGUGGCACUCCCAGAAUUCUUCUUGAGUGACUCUCACUGGCACUGCAUUGAUAUUGUUCACAUCGCAGGACGCCGACCCUUUGGGCAGAAUGUGGUUAAUAUCUAUACAGACGGUUAUCUAAGAAAGACUGCACAACUACGAUUCCCUUCACUAAAUGAGUCCUUCACUUACUGCUGUAUUGGAUCAGCUGGUCACAGAACAACGACAACAGUUAUUACUUCUCCCAUCCAGACUCCCGAUCUAUCCUUCACUUCACAUUACCCCCUCAACCGUUCUCAGUCCUUCCCAGCCAGCUUUACAUCUCCCAUGAGAGGCUCCACCUCUCCACAAGCCAUUGUGAAUACAAUCGCGGCCAGCAUGCAGGAUGCAGAAUGGGGCACACCAACAUCCCUGGAAGGGCUGAUGGGAUCCGUCUUUGUGUUCCAUGAAGCCCUGCAGCCGACGCAGAUCAAAGCACUUUUCAAUGCAGGUCCAAACAACUUAUUGCCAUUUAAGCCUGACAGUGAGCUAUCCGAUCUGAGUAGCAAGCUGCUCCUUCAUUAUACUCCCAAGGCCUGCAGAAAUCAGAUUUGUUUAGAUCUGUCCACAAAUCACUUCUAUGAUGGGAGGUUGACUGGGCACAAUACAGUCAACUGGGAUAUCAAGGAUGUGAUCAACUGUGUUGGGGGGAUGGGUGUCCUCCUACCACUUCUGGAACAAGUCGCAUCCAAAAGUGAUGAUUCAGAGGAGAAUCAGGAGACGACUGACUUAGUGGGACCAGAACUGACCUCUUCACAGAACAUCCAAGGAAUGCUUCUACCUUUGGGCAAAUCUUCAGAGAGCAAAUUGGAGAGGAAUAGUGUAGCUGCAUUUUUGCUGCUAGUUAAGAAUUUAAUCCGAAACCAUACCAUAAAUCAGGACAAUUUCAUCCAGUGCAAUGGCCCGGCUGUCAUAGGUGCCCUGUUGCAAAAGGUUCCAAGCCACAGAGUGGACAUGAAUGUACUGAUGGCCUGUCAGUUCCUCAUGGAGCAGGUAGCUAGUGAAGGCAAUAAUCUCCUCCUCCACUGUAUGUACCAGUACCUGCUCUUUGACUUCCGCAUCUGGAGCCACAGCGAUUUCGCCGUUCGAUUGGGUCACAUACAGUACUUAUCCACAAUUGUCAAAGAUCACAAGCAACGUAUCAGAAAGAAGUAUGGUGUGCAGUACGUUCUAGACUCCAUCCGAACACAUUAUGGCCCACAGAAGGAUAACCAGACCACUGCUGAUGUUAAAACUGUGCAACUGUCACUCUUCAUCCUGGUGAAGGAAUUUAUCACCAAAGUAAUUACAGCUGAGGAGUUGCAUUGCAUCAUCUCUUAUAUGGCAACAAUCAAUGAUGAUGAUCAGCUUUGUGGUAUUCUGGACAUCUUGCUCAGUCUGUUAAAGGGAGGUCCUUCCAGAGACCAGCUCUUUACCUUGCUGUUUGAGCCUGGCAAUGUGGAAGUGUUUUACUCAUUGAUCCUACAGAAGAGGUAUUCUGAUGAAGUGCGUGAGAAGAUCUUUCGGCUAAUGUACAAAAUGUUGAAGUAUGACAAAGUUCACGAGAGAUGCAAACUGCGACUGAAGCUGAAAGAUAUUGGCUACCAAGGUCUGACCUCCUUCCUGAAUGAAUUUCCUGCCUCAAUGUCACUCAUUCGGUGCUUGUCAGAGCAGGUGCUGUGCUCAGAUCCUGUUCCAAAUUACAAGGACCUGAUUGCCGUAGUUUAUUUAUCUCACAAAGCAGACCUAACUGUGCGGCUGGACGUUUGUCGAAAGCUGUUCCAUCUGAUUUACUCUCAGCAAGACAUUGUUCGUCAGUUGGCAAAACAGGCUGGAUGGCAGGACAAUUUUACCAAGCUCUACGUCAAAGAGUCAUAUGAAUCUCGAGAGGCCAGUCUAUCAAGUUCACUUACUAACUACUCCAUUGACUUACUUAAGAACUCAGAUCAGAGCCAAGACUUCACCCAAGAACAAGGCAAAGAGUUGAUCAGUCGCAUGAGUAGUCAAUCAGACUUCCAAGACUCCGAAGUCUUUCUCCCUUUCAAUAUGGACCUAAAUGAAGGCUUUUCGAAAGGACAACCUGACCAUUCCAUGCUUGGUCUUUUUCCCUCCAGUGAGAUGCAGUCCUACGAUUCCUUGAUCAAGUCAUUUGAUUCCAUGGACCACACAAGUAACUCUUCGACCAAUACCGUAGACAUUCCAGGCUCAGGUGAAGCCAUCCCUUCUGAGACUUCUGAAGAUACUUUCUACCAGCCCCUGUCACCUUUUGCACAACCUUCCUUUGACUUGGGAACAGAAAUGGGAAGCACCAGUUCCUUUACCACUGUGGAGAGUGGAAAUUUGACUCCAGUCAGCACAUCAGACACACCAUCUCCCCUCGAGAAUUUCAAACCUUUCCCAGGAAUUCGUACAUGGAAAAGCUCCAGUCUCUCCAAUGUCCUCGAUGACUCUAGCUACCAAGAUAAUCUCCCCAGUGACGAUGCUUCUAAUACCAGCAACCCACAGCAAACACCAGAAGAGGAACUUUGCAACUUGCUAACAAAUAUCAUCUUCUCUGUCAUAUGGAGAGGGGUAGAGGGCUCCGAAGACGCAGCGUGGAAAGAGCGAGGGCAAAUUUUUUCUGUCCUGACAAAACUUGGGACAGCCUGUGAGCUGGUACGCCCACCUGAUGAAAUCAAAAGAAGCCUACUGGAAAUGAUGUUGGAGUCUGCAUUCUCUGACAUUAAGGACUCUACGAGCACUGCAUUAGCAAGCCAUAUCCAAAAUAUCCUGAAGCUGCUCCGACUGCUUCAGGACUUCCUCUUUUCAGAAGGGCAAAACAAUCAAGUGCUAUGGAGUGAAAAGAUUCUUGAAGGUGUAAUUAACUUAUUGGACAAGCUUGCUGUUUGGUACCAUUCAGACAAUGAGAUGUCAGAUCUGAAGGAAAUGGCUCAGAUUGGCCUCAGGAUUAUCCUGGGCUACAUUGUACAGGAAGACAUUCAGGUGUGUGCAAUGGCCUGUGUGAAGCUUCAUAGCCUCCUCCAGACCAUGCCAAUACGGAAGGAGGAGGCUUGCUUUCUGCUGGGAAAACUGGAUGUUCCUCUUACGAGAUCCAUCAAGGGUAAGACUGAGAUCUUCUCUUACCUGAUGCCCAUUGUCCGCACUCUUAUGGACCAGUGUUACCAAUUGCUUGAGCUGCAAUACCAACUGCCAUCCCUGCCGCCCACCAAUGGCAGCCCGACCUUCUUUGAGGAUUUCCAGCAUUUCUGUGUCACCUCUGAAUGGAGACUCUUCAUGGAAAAACAGGUUCUGAAAGCUAUGACUCAGUACGAGCAUGACACAUUUGCCAGAAGUCACAAUCAAAUGUCUAGCUUCUGGAAUUCCUGCUAUGACUCUCUAAUGAGCAGCUCGCUACGUCGGGAGCAUGAGCGUGGGGAGAGUCGUUCCAAGUUUGAGGAGUUGAUGCUGGAGCCAUACAUGAAGCGUGUGAGGUUUGAGAAUGCUCGAUACAGCAAUCUCCUCAAACAGAUCAAUAGUCAUCACAACGCAGUGCUUCGGCAGUGGCAAUCAUUAAGACGUCUCUUUACUUGCCCACGUGGGGCCUGGGCCGAAUGCAAUCUGACUGAAACUAAAUGGAAGCUAUCAAGUGUGGAGACCUACUCAAGGAUGAGGCUCAAAUUGGUUCCAAACUACAAUUUCAGCACGCAUGCAGAAGCUAGUGCCUUACGAGAUAAUCUUGGUACCGAUCACAUGAGAAGCCCACCGGAUGCUUUACCACUCGCAGUUGCAAAGGAAGCAAAAGUAAAUGAGUUGGAAGAUGAUCAGCUUGGAGAUGAAGAUCUUGUUUUCCUUAAUAGCCAAGUUGAAUCUGAGGAGCCCAGUCAGAAGGAGAAAUUGGUGAUCUCAGAGGAGUGUGAGUUGAUCACAACUGUUGCAGUGAUCCCUGGGCGCCUGGAAAUCACCACACAGCAUAUGUAUUUCUAUGAUGGCAGCAUUGAAAAAGAAGAGACAGAGGAAGGAAUUGGCUAUGAUUUCAAGCGUCCCCUGUCUCAUCUUGGAGAGAUGCACCUCAGACGCUAUAACUUGAGGAGAUCUGCUUUGGAGUUCUUCUUUAUUGACCAAUCAAACUACUUUAUCAACUUCAAAAAAAAGGUCAGAAAUAAAGUGUAUUCACGUAUAGUGAGUACACGUCCCCCCAAUCUUCAUUUCAACAGCCGUUCCCCUCAGGAACUGCUGAAAGCAUCUGGAUUAACUCAGAAAUGGGUUCAGAGAAAGAUCUCCAAUUUUGAAUAUUUGAUGCAACUCAAUACUAUUGCAGGGAGAACCUACAAUGAUUUGUCUCAGUAUCCUGUGUUCCCAUGGAUCAUUUGUGACUACACAUCUGAGGAACUGGAUUUGAACAACCCGAGUGUUUUCCGGGAUCUCUCUCGGCCCAUUGGCGUUGUAAAUGAUAAGCAUGCAAAGGAUGUGAAGGAGAAAUAUGAGAGUUUUGAAGAUCCAACUGGAGACAUUGAUAAAUUUCACUACGGUACACACUACUCCAAUGCCGCUGGAGUCAUGCAUUACAUGAUCCGGGUCGAGCCUUUCACUACCCUGCAUAUCCAACUACAGAGUGGCAGGUUCGACUGUGCAGAUCGUCAAUUUCACUCAAUCCCAGCAGCCUGGCAGGUCCGAAUAGACAAUCCUGUAGAUGUAAAGGAGCUGACCCCAGAAUUUUUCUACUUCCCAGAAUUCCUGGAGAACCAGAAUGGGUUUGAUCUCGGCUGCCUGCAGAUGACCAACGAAAAUGUAGCUGAUGUUGUCCUUCCAAAGUGGGCAAAAUCCCCUGAAGAUUUCAUUUACAAGCACAGAAAAGCACUGGAGUCAGAACAUGUCUCUACAAACCUCCAUAAUUGGAUCGACCUGAUUUUUGGCUACAAGCAAAGGGGCCCUGCAGCUGUUGAGGCAUUGAAUGUCUUUUAUUACUGCACAUAUGAGGGUGCAGUAGAUCUGGAUGCAAUUGCUGAUGAAACUGGAAGGAAAGCUUUAGAAGGAAUCAUCAGUAAUUUUGGGCAAACUCCAUGCCAACUUCUGAAGGAGCCACAUCCUCCACGUCUUAGUGCAGAGAAUGCUGCCAGGCGCUUAGCACGAUUCGAUUCCACACCAAAUGUCUUUGAGCACUUAGGCCAACUCAAGUCCUUCUUUGUUGAGGGCAUCAGUGAUGAUAUUCCAUUAGUGCAGGCCUUGGUGCCAACAAACCAAGCGUACUCUUAUUUAACUCCAUAUGUUCUGGUCACAGUGAGUGCGAAUGGGUUGAUAGGAACUCAUGGCUGGCUGCCAUAUGACAAAAACAUUUCCAACUACUUCACCUUCACACGAGAUCAAAAUGUCUCCAAUGCCAAGUCUCAGCGCUUUUUGUCGGGCCCAUUUGCUCCUGGAGUCAAUUUAUCACCAAAGAUCCUGGUUGUUUCCCCUGACGGUAAACUUCUCUUCAGUGGCGGUCACUGGGAUAACAGUCUCCGGGUUACAUCACUGAGCAAGGGCAAAGUGACGGGACAUAUCAUAAGGCACAUAGAUAUCGUGACAUGUCUGGCCUUGGAUCAUUGCGGUACCUAUCUCAUCUCUGGAUCAAGAGACACUACAUGCAUAGUGUGGCAGGUCAUCCAACAAGGUGGAUUUGCUUGUGGUCUGGCUCAGAAGCCAGUGCAGGUCCUCUACGGACAUGACGACACAGUCACGUGUGUGGCCAUCAGUACUGAGCUUGACAUGGCAGUAUCAGGGUCUAAGGACGGCACAGUCAUUGUACAUACAAUUCGACGAGGUCAAUUCAUGCGGACCCUGCGACCCCCCUGUGAAAGCACGCUGCCCAUGACUAUUGAUGACCUUGUCAUUGGAUGUGAGGGUCAGAUUGUCAUUCACAGCAGUAUAGAAAGCAGGGCAUCAUCAAAGGAUAAAAUGCUCUUGCAUCUAUAUUCUGUGAAUGGCAAGCACCUGGCAUCUGUGUCCAUGGAUGAGCGAGUAUCCGCAAUGUGUAUCGUUGAAGAGUUUGUGUUACUGGGUACCGAGCAGUGCUCACUGCAGAUCCGGAACCUACGGAGUUUGAAGAGUGCAAUGGAGCAAAUGGUCAUGAAGGUUCCCAUUCACUGUGUUUCUGUUACCAAAGAUAACAGCCAUAUUCUAGUCGGAUUAAAUGAUGGAAAACUAAUUGUGGUGGCAUCGGGUAAACCCUCUGAGACGCGAUCAAGUCAAUUCGCUAAGCGUCUGUGGAGUUCCACCAGGCGCAUUUCUCAGGUGUCAUCUGGAGAAACUGAGUACAACAAGACUGACACAAGCACCAAGUAGAACUCCUGUAUGAUUGGCCACAUUCUACCAAGAAUCCAUCUGCUGUUACAAUCUUCAAAAAACUUUUCAAUUUAUUUAAAACUUUUUUAAAAAAUGAACACUCAGCAAAGCUAGCAGACUGGAGAAGCAUAGGGCUGUGCUUCUUCAUCCACUUUUAAUGAGCUGCUUUCACCAACCAAAGCGCCUGUUCAGAUCCAAAGGAUUUAAAACAUUGAAUGUUUACAAUGAAUGUGGGAGAAUGAUCCAAUGCCUUAAUACUGCAAGGACUUAUAAAAUAGUUUUUUUUAAGAUAAUUGUCAAUUUUUGACAACAUCCUUCUCUCUGCACAGUGUGAACCUCUGGAUAUAUGUAGAAUGUUGUGGUUAUUAUGAGGGUAUAAAGAUGUUAAUAACUGAGUUUUGGAAAUUUUUUGUGGGGCAGGGUUUUUUUUAUCAUUGCUCUGAAUCUUCACCUUUUCAAUGUUUUGUCACUGUUACAACUUGGGAAAAGUUAAAGAUACAAGACAUAUUGCUAAAGUUUAAAAUAUAGUAAAGGAUUGUUGUUAUCUGCUAACACUUGAUAUCAUAUUAACAGCUGGUGUACAAUUCAUCUGCUAACAGUUAGUCUUUCAUAUCCAUUCCUGUAGCUUCUAUUUCCCAUAAAUUCAUUUACAGCACAGAGAAGGGAUAUUUGGCUCAUUUGAAUCAAUGUCAACAGUUCAGUCAGUUCCAUCACCUUAUCCUCAUAGGUCACUUCUUUCAUGUGUACUUCCACUUUCCUUUUUGAAUUAUUGAUCAUCACUAUUUGUACUGCCCUUAUAGGCAGCUAGUUUUAAAUCAUUGGCAUUGACUGUGCAAAACAAGUUCUUCCUCAUAUUUGCUCUACAUCUCUUGUCAAAACCUUAAAUCUAUGUUUCCUAUUCUUUCUACCCAUUAACUGAUUGCACAUUUUUCCUGUCUACCUUAUUAAAAUUUGAAUUAAUUACGUGCACUACUAUGAAAUUUUCCCUCGAUCUCCUUCACUUCAAAGAGAGCAAUUCCAGCAACUGUGAGCUAACCUUGUAUCUAAAAUCUCUUGUAGCUAAAAUUUACUGAAUCUGUUGAUGGUGACACUGAGAUCAAAGUCUUUCAAACCAGGAACACAUUCGGGUACCCUUCUCCAAUUUGUACUGUUGUACAUUGAAGUUUUUUUUACUUCAAAAAGAACUAGUGAAAUGAUAAUGUGAUUAUUACCAAUUUAAUUUUUUUUCAUAAAAGUAAGAUUUUUAAGAUCCUACCCUUCAGUUAGGAGUACCAUUCGUUGGGACCACAUGACAGGUGGUUGAAUCUGUGUUUUUCACUCAUUUGAAAUUGCUUACUAUGCAUCGUAAUCUACCAUUGUGUUCCAUUUACACCUGAAAAUUGUUAUUGCCAUUAUCCUCUCUCUGUUAAUUCUUCAUGAAUCACAAUAUCAAGUAAGAAGGCCCAGACAAUUUAAUAAUGUGUUAAAAGAGAAUUAGAUAAAUACUUGAGGAAAAGAUAUUUGUGGGGAAUAAUUGGAAUGCUGUAGCAAAGUGCUGACAGAUGGGCAUGAAAUGGGCCAAAUAGCCGAUCUAUUGAUCAAUGUGACCGUAACAAUGCCUUUCCCAAUCUUGUCAUCUUUUGUUCUAUCUCCAACUUCUCUCUCUGAUAUAUUUUCAGAUUUCAUUCCUAGUUUUAAUGAUGACAAUUCCUUUUCUUAAAUCCUUCUAAACUGCAGUGCACCUUUUUCUCCCUUUGAUUCAAAGAUGCAUGACACUGAUUCCUACAUUAAACCUAACGUACUUUCCUCCAAGACUUUUGUAACAUGGAAGUCUUGGUUUGCCGUUCUUCCUGAAAUUUACAUACUUUUGAAAACCAAGCUUGUGAUUAUUGAAUUAAUUUUUUUUGAUUUACUUGUCUUCCCUUCCACUAUUCUCCAUUUUAUAGAUAACCUGCAAGAUAAACCUUAGAUUUUAACUUUCCCUUCUUAUAACAGAAUAUUAAGUUGAAUUGGAAUGUAAUAUUUUGUCUUAAUUCUCUUGAGCAAUAGUGAUGAUGGGAGAUUCAGGCAGGAUUUCCUCUCCUGAUCAAUAUAAAGCCACUUGAAGUUGAAAUUGAGGCCACUUGGCAUGUUAAACAAUGUCCUGGCACACACUGUCUGGCACAGAUGUACACAAAUGGACAUUUGGGUAAAAAUAUAGUCAUGGGUUGCUGGCACAAUACUACAUCUUUGGAAAAGAAAUGGAAAGCUGAUGGAAGAUUUAAAAAAUGAAUUUUAAAAUUACUAGAGCAUUUUAAUAUUUUAAGUUUAUAUAUUGACUUUGUUUUAAACUUGGGAUGUUACCAAAAUAGAAGUGGGAAACCAUUACGAGAUCACUAAUCUGGGCAAGCUCAUCUUUUAAUUUUUCACAACAAUGAGCGACUCAUACGGCACAUUUUCAUUCAUUGGCCUUUCUCCUCUUCACCCUCUCCUAUGUAAUUCCACAAAUGUUUUAUGCUAAGUAAUGGUAUAUAUAAUGCUGAUAUUUGUUUAUGGCUGGGGUGAUUAUUUAAUAAGGAAACUCACGGUUUUUCUCAUCUCAGUACACCAUAAACACAGCUCUUCAAAAUUCAUCAAACGUUCUAUUUUUUCUGUAAAGGAUUUUUGGAAUCUGUUAUAUUGACUUUAACGUGUAUUUUGAAUAUAAUUGAUUUUAGAAAGUAAUUUUAGUCAUUACUUCUUUGGUUUAAUAAUUAGUACUAUGGGAAAAUUUCUGUAAAUUAUUUACAGUAGUACUUAAUGAACCUAUAACCUUUCACGCCUCAAAGGACAAGGGAAUAUCACCUACAAGUUCAACCCAAAUCACACAUUACUCCGACUUCGACCUGUUCCUUCAUUGCUACUGGAUCAACAUCCUGAGGUUUCCCACCUAACAGCAUAUUGACAGCAAUGGUUCCCAGGGGGAGCUCAACAGAAUUCCAAGGCAAAAAAUGCCAACAUUGUCCCAGCCUAUGUUUUAGACUUUUUGAAAAUAAGGCAAGUAUUUCAUAUGUGUGUUGGGAAACAACAUUUGAUCUCAGCCCAACAAGAACAGACAGUGUUUCAUGAUUUGCGGUGGGUGUUAUAUUUGAAUUGGAUAAUAGAAAAGUGUCUCUAAUGAAAAUCUGAGUGAAUACUUUGUAUAAAAAUUAUUCUAGAGACUCUACCUUUUCAAGCCUUGGGUGCACCAUGAAUUUGGGCCAUGUGGGCCAUGGUUUCUAAAUUGAAGCCAAGCAGGUAGCUUUCAGUUUGGAUAGUGGUGGAGACAUGAAAAUUGACCUUGACAACUUUGGGUGGAGAGUGGGGCAAAUCUGGGAUGAUUCCACCUCCUACCUUCAGUAAUUGCCUUUGCAAACAUUAGGGAUGAAUUGAGUUCAUGUCCCCUGAUCCUCUGCUGAGAUAAGGUACUGCUGAUAUCUCAGAUUAAGUAGCUAACCCUCACCCUAUCAGAUCUCCAAACCUGCAAAGGGAAGGAACGUCCUGAAUUUUCACUCUAGUCAAUCUACAAGCAUUACUUGUUCCAGACUUAUUUAAAUUAAGCCAGCAUUCAUUUCUGAUAGGUGCUUAAUAAAUAUUUCCUACAAGAUUAACAUUGCUCCCAAACUGAAACCACUAUCAGAUAAGUCUUCUCACCAUCCAAAUUAUUCAUGGUUAUUAGAUCCCACACAGCAAAGGCAACAAUAUUACAUUUGGAUCCACAAACGUAUGUGGGGAUAUGCAGUUAUUACUGUCCCAAAUGGUGUAAUAAAUAACUUGCUGCAAAAUGAUAGGAUGCAACCAAAUGUUAUGACAUACUCAUUCCAAUAAGUUUCAUGUGCAUUCUUAAUUUUCCUUUCCUCCAGCUUGUGGCACCUCCCACCCACUCUGCCACUCCAUGUGCAACCAACUGAGUCUCAAUAGCACUCCGUUUCUAGAACAUCCACUUAUUGUUAGGAACUGAGAAUCCUUGGCAAAUUUGUGUUUUGUGAGGAAGCAUCAUAAAAAGAUUAAGCUGCCUACUAGCAGGGUCACAGGUCAUCUCCUGAUCUCAACCUAAUUUGUGACCUUUCCUCCAAACUCCUGGCAAUGAUUGUUAAAAUUGCCCAAUAUGUCUGUACAAUAUUUGGGUCUCUCAACGGGUGUUCAUGGAGAGCAGACACUGAACCCAAUAAUCCUAAAUUAGGAGCACUUUUGGACUUGUUUACUUCUUCCAUUUAUGGCCCUGUUUCAUUAAAAAUGAAUGAAGGAGAAGAGGAAAAUCUGUUUUUUGUUUCCAUUUAGUUAUCCACUCUGAAUUGCCAGAAUAUGCAUAUUUGUUGUCAUCUUAAAAGAAGGCAACAUCAAUGUCAAACUUCCUGCUAGCAGGCUGAAUACUUCCUUAUUUGUAAAACAUUUCAUGUGUAUGUGGAUUAAUAUACAUUGAUGUGUUGGACAAGGCAACAAAUUUGAUGUUAAAAUUUGUUGACAUGUGCUUGAAUACUGUAAUUCGUAAAAGAAAUGUUGAUACUUUGUGAAGAAGUCUUGAAGAGAUUUUGAAAAUGGAAAGUUUAUUUUAGAGUUUGGUGUUUUGCACUAUGCACAUUACACUAUCACAGCAACCAACUGCAAAGGUUUCGAUCAGCAAUUUAAAAAAAAAUUAGGUAAAGUCAUAAAGCCAAUACAGUCACUGCUUGGAUUAAAGUAACAGCUGCCUUCAUGUUUAUUCCACUGCCUGAUUGGAGAGUAGAUGUUUGAUGAGUACGUUUCAUAGAUAUUGAAUUUAAAUUCAAUGCAUUUAUGUGUACAGGUACAUAUGUUUCUUUUAUGUUCUGUUUGUCUGUGCGUGUGUGCAUAUGUGUGUAGAUUGCGUUAAAGGGAAAAUGCCUUAAGUGUAAAAAAAAAUAUGUGGCCUUUUUGAUCUGUUUGUCCACUUACUGCUUGUGGUGUAUGUGAAUUGAACUUUUGCUUUCAAAAACACUGA